AUGACUGAAAGCAAGAAGAAAGUGAACUGGUCGGAGCUUUGUCCGGAGCUGGUGCGAUGUGUUUUCGAACGAUUGAGUUUCACACAUCUGAAACGAGGAAGAUCUGUUUGUUCUUCGUGGCGCUCUGCUUUGAGAGGCUGCGUCCCAAAACGUAAUCAGAUUCCAUGUCUUAUUCUCUUCCCUAAUAACAACGAAAACAACAACAACAGCAGUUGCGUGUUAUUCGCUCCAGACGACAGAGACAAAACCUACAAAACGAGAGAUCUCGGUGUUGACUUUGGUCAGAGUAGCUGUGUUGCGACUUAUGGAAGCUGGCUCCUGAUGUUGGACACUCGUUGGGAUCUCAAUAUUUUGAAUCCUUUGACCGGUGAGAGGAUUGAUUUACCAACAACUAACUAUGCUCACCACCCACCUAGACCUUAUGAUAAUAUGAAACCUCCAAAUCUCGUAGCUUGUCUCUGGAUAGACGGUACAAGCAAAGAUUACUUAGCUGUGUGUAAAAUAGACUACCCUAUCUUUACCAAGAGAGGGAACCACUGGUGGCGACGUUUUGGGGAAGACGGCUACAAACAAAUGGUCUACGAACCCACGUCCCAAAAACUCUACAUUAGUCAUUACCACAAUCGUAUCCAGGUCUGGUCUUUCUCUGGAGAUGAUCCACAACAAAUCUUUGAAAGUUAUCCUCAGAUUGAUCGGUAUGCAUUUUGGGAUUUUCUCCCUGAUAGAUGCAAAUACGACAAAGAGUUGUAUCGGAAAGAAGAAGAGUUUUAUGGGAAAGAGUAUGUUGACAGCAGGCUAUACAUUGCAGUCAGUACACUCUCUGGUCAAGUUUUGAAAGUAGUUAAUGUGUUGCAGAAGUCCAAAAGAUGGCUCUUUCGCGUCUACAAGAUGCACCCAGUUGAGCGUUCUUGGGAAGUAGUCGACUCUCUGGGCGAUGAGGCGCUGAUCUUAGACAUGGGUAUCACUGUUGUAGCCACUAAAGACAUUCCAGGGAUCAAGAAGAACUCAAUUUAUUUUAGUGGUCUCAAUAGUUGCAGAAACAAUCCUGACCAUAUUUUUGUGUUUGAUCUCACCACCCAUGAGAUUGAACCUUUGCCUCAAUGUGUUUUCUCCUCCCUUCAUUUCUCUAAUGCUCGAUGGUUCUUCCCGGGUCUAGACGUUUAG